UUUUUGUGUUGUUGUUGUUGAAAACCUCUUACAUUAUUUUUCAACAACUCAAUUUGAUUCAAUUUGAUUAACUGCAUAAAUCAUCAAGAAACCAAGUCAUGUCUACAUCUGAAGAAACCCCCAAACCUACUUUUGUUCAACCCAAGCCAUACAAGGUUGACCUUGAGGCUGGAAAGGCAUACUACUGGUGUGCUUGCGGUGAAUCCAAGACCCAGCCUUUCUGUGACGGAAGCCACAAGGGUACCGGAAUUAAGCCCAAGAAGAUCGUUGUUGAAGAAUCAAAGACCUAUUUCCUGUGUGGAUGUAAAUAUACCCACAACGAGCUUGGCUUCUGUGAUGGUGUUCAUCGCAAGGAGGAAGGUAUUCGCAAGUAUAACGAAUUUCUGUUAAAGGCCAAUAGCUCUCUUAAGCAGGAAAAUGAGGCUGCCUUAAAUGAACAGUCAGAGCUCAAGAAUAAGCUCAAGGCUGCCGAACGUAAGCAAAAGAUUGCCAACAUAGUUGCUGUGCUAUCUACUGCACUUAUUGCUGUUGGAAUUGCCGCCAAAUUUGCCCAUACUUAUUCCAAGCACUAAAAUAUAAUAAAUAUAAUAAAUAUAAU